CUUAAUGCUGACCUCACAUUCAGAGUGGCUGCUUGCCUAGCAGAAGAAAUGCAUGUUAAUCUUGUAUUGACAGUGGUGUGUAUUACCAGGCUCUCUCCUUCUGUGUGUGGGGUUAAUUUAGGCUCCUGUGUCCUCCAAGGUGACCCUCAGCCCCCUGCUCUCUUCAAGGAUGGAGACUUUAUUAUUGGAGGGUCUUUCGCUAUUCAUGACUAUAUGAGGACAGAGACGCACACUUAUACUAGACGGCCACAACCACUAGAGUGCAUUGGGAGCAUGAACUUCAGGGAGAUGCGCUUUGCUCGUGUCUUACAGUUCGCCAUCCAAGAGAUCAACAACAGCUCUGAUCUCUUACCGGGCAUCACAUUAGGGUACCAUAUAUAUGACACUUGUGCCUCUGUGCCAAUGGUAAUGAAAGUAGCAUUUCAACUUGCCAACGGGCUAGAUCUGGUAUUUAACGACACUGAUUCCUGUGCAAAAUCUGCUGCAGUUCUCGCACUAGUUGGAGAAUCUGGUUCCACUGCAGCUAUAAGCACUUCAAGACUUUUCAGUUCUUUUGGAAUUCCACAGGUGAGUCAUUACGCAACAUGUGCGUGUCUCAGUGACAAGCGGCAGUAUCCUACUUUCUUCAGGACCAUACCCAGUGAUCACCAUCAAGUGGCCGCACUGGCACAGAUGGUCAAGCACUUUGGAUGGACGUGGAUCGGGACUGUGUGCAGUGAUUCAGACUAUGGGAACAAUGGCAUGGCAUCAUUCCUGAAGGCUGCGGAGGAGGAGGGAAUCUGUGUGGAGUAUUCUGAGGCCUAUUACAGGACCCAGCCGCGCAGUAAACUAAAGAGAGUUGCAGAUGUCAUUCGUAGGUCAACAGCUCGUGUAAUAGUUGCCUUCAUGUCCAUUAGUGAUAUGAGAUUUCUCCUAGAAGAGCUGAGUCAGCAGCCUCCCCCUCCGAUGCAGUGGAUUGGCAGUGAGGCUUGGGUUACAGACCCACAAAUGCUGCAGUUUAAUUUGUGUAUUGGUGCCAUGGGCUUUGCAAUCCCACGGUCUGUUAUCCCGGGUUUUCGUAACUUUCUAUUUGACCUCUCUCCAGAGCAGGUGCUGAAAUUUCCCCUGCUGACAGAAUUCUGGGAAAGCUCAUUUAGCUGUAGUCUAAAACAGCAGACAGGUUCUUCUACUGCUAUGCCUGCAUGUAAUGGCACAGAGGAUCUGCGCGCAUUACAGAACCCGUACACAGACACGUCCCAGUUGCGGAUCACUAACAUGGUGUACAAAGCCACAUAUGCUAUAGCUCAUGCCCUCCAUGGCAUUGUCUGUAACGAAAAAGGAUGUGGCAAAAACCUCAAAAUUGAUCCCCGUAAGGUUUUUGAUCAGCUCAAACAAGUGAACUUCACCAAAAAUAAUUAUUCUGUUUCAUUUGAUUCAAAUGGAGACCCCGUGGCCACCUAUGAACUUGUGAAUUGGCAGUUUCAGGGAGAUGGUUCAGUUCAUUGUGUGACAGUGGGUCAAUAUGAUGCAUCUCAGCCUAAAGGCCAAGAAUUCAGUCUAAGCAGAACUAUCAUUUGGUAUGAUGGUAGUGAAAAGGUGCCUGUGUCUGUGUGCAGUGAGAGUUGUCCUCCAGGUACUAGGAAGGCUGUGAAAAAGGGAAGGCCUGUCUGCUGCUAUGACUGCAUUAACUGUGCAGAAGGAGAGAUCAGCAAUGAGACAGAUUCUUUAGAUUGUUACAAAUGCCUACCUGAGUACUGGCCUAAUAAUAAGAAAAACAAGUGUCUUCCUAAACCAGUGGAGUUUCUAUCCUGGAAUGAAAUCCUUGGAAUUAUACUGGCUGCUUCAUCUAUUGCAGGCUCUUUAGUGGCUUUGAGCAUUACUUUGGUGUUAUACAAAAACAGAGCUUCUCCAAUAGUAAGAGCCAACAACUCGGAACUGAGUUUCCUGCUGCUCUUCUCAUUGACUCUGUGUUUCCUCUGUUCACUUACUUUCAUUGGUCGUCCCACUGAGUGGUCCUGUAUGUUGCGUCACACAGCAUUCGGGAUAACUUUUGUCCUCUGUAUCUCCUGUGUUCUGGGGAAAACAAUAGUGGUGUUAAUGGCCUUUAAAGCUACACUUCCAGGAAGUAAUGUUAUGAAAUGGUUUGGGCCUCAUCAACAGAGACUUUGUGUUUUUAGUCUCACUAUUGUACAGGUUCUUAUAUGUAUGCUUUGGUUAACAAUAUCCCCACCCUUUCCCUACAAUAACAUGCAACACUACAAAGAAAAGAUCAUUCUAGAAUGCAGUUUAGGAUCAGCUAUUGGUUUCUGGGCUGUACUAGGUUAUAUUGGCCUUCUAGCUUUCUUUUGCUUUAUCUUAGCUUUUCUGGCCCGGAAACUGCCUGAUAAAUUCAAUGAAGCUAAAUUCAUCUCAUUCAGUAUGCUCAUAUUCUGUGCUGUUUGGAUCACAUUUGUUCCAGCUUAUGUCAGCUCUCCAGGGAAAUUUACUGUAGCUGUGGAGAUAUUUGCCAUUUUAGCUUCAAGCUUUGGUCUGAUUCUUUGUAUUUUUGCUCCUAAGUGUUUCAUUAUUGUAUUUAGGCCAGAUCAGAAUACCAAAAAACACUUAAUGGGUAAAGUAUCAACAAAAGUCCACUAAGACACACAACUCUUUUAGAUAUCAGUCAUUGUUAGAUAUCACACAUGCUCUUUUUCUUCUUUUGAACAGAGGGGAAUUACAUACUUUAUUACUAGUUUUACUAUUAGUUGCAAUUGAUUAAAUUAGUUUUACUUUAGUUAUAUCAUACUUUUAUCCAUGGGUUUCAAAGACAUCACUUCCGCUAUGCCCGCUACCAUAUUUGUGUCCGAGAUGGCAACUAACACAGCAGCGCUUCAUUGUAUAGAUGGUCAUCUUUAGCUUCAGCGCGAGUGCUCAAACAGCAACACAAAACAUUAUCUACUAUUGUGGCUGUCAUAUUAAUAACAUUUUAAUUGUCUACACUAUUGUAUUAAAAUAUUGUGAAUUCUAGUUGCUGUGUUUCGGCGUGUUGUUACAGGAGGAACGCAUCCACAACACGAGCUAUUCUGACUACGUUACUAGUUCAAGUUCAUGCGCGCAUGAUUUUGUGCAAAUAUAAGUUGUAAUUUUAUGUUUAUCUUGUAUAAAUAUAUAUGAAUUACCAUAUAUAGGAUGUGUUCCGUUGAGUUAAUUUAACCUAAGUGCUUCAGUUUACGGGUGUUCAAUCAGUGCCGUUAGCUCAAUCAGUAAUGUUAAUAUCAAAAUGAUAUGAUUUGAGGAAAAAAUCUGUUAUUGUUCGUGAUCAUUAUUAUUAACCAAACCAUGUGUUUAUGAAAAUAAUACGAGACCAAUAUAAGUGCUAGUUAUUAAAAAUGAUGCAUUCAUUUUUUUGAAAACAUUAAAGUUUUAAUAUUACAGUAGUAAACAUAUUGCUGUUUUGAGCUGCGCACGCUGAAGCUGAAGAGAAUCAAAACCCAUAAACUGAAGGUUAAUUAAUUCAACUGAACACAUCCUAGGCUAUAUAAGAUAAUUCAGAAAUUUAUACAAAAUAAAAAUAUUACAACUAGUAUUUGCACAAAAUCACGCACAGAUGAACUUGAAGUAAUGUAGUCAAUAACUCCGAAACACAGCAAAUAAGCCCAAAGAAUUCACAACGUUAUAUUACAAGUGUAUACGAUUAAAAUAUCAUGUAUAAGAAGACAGUCAUAUUAAUGUUUUGCCUUACUUUUUGAGCCCUGUGAUGAUCAUCAGCUUUGCGGGUUAUUUACCUCAACGAAACACAUCCUUUAUGAGAUUAAUCAGAUAUUUAUACUUAAAUUUAAAAAUUACGCUAAUGCACAAGUGAAGUUUGAACAAGUUGUGUAAUUAAUGUUUAACUCCAGUAGACGCGAUCUUUCCACAACAACACGUUGAAACAACAACAUAGAGGAUUCACAACGCUUUAUUACAAUAGUGUUCUCGUUAUAAUGUUAUGUAAAUGACAGUCCCACCAGUUAUUAAUGUUGUGCAUUGCUGUUUGGCUGCCAGUGGUGUGGUCCCUUUUGAUUGAAGCCAACAAUUCCGCCGAUCUAACUCCUUCGGAAUCGAAUAAAAUUGUAGUUCGGGGUUUCUCUGACGACUGUUAAAACAGAUAAUAAUAACACAACAUAUACCAGAUAUAUUGUAAACUUGUUGUGAACCUUCUGAGAGCAUUUUGUUGGCCUUCUUCUGCACUUGUAGCUGCUGUCACCAUAGACUUAAACAGGGCGCGCAGCUGUGACCGGACACAAAUAUGGCGGCGAUAACAUACAGUGACGUCACAUGAAACCCAUGGAUAGAAGAUAGGAAACCUGAAGUGAACAUCACUCAUAGGUGAAGAAUUUAUUGAGCUUGAACUCAAGCAGCUGUCUCUUUCACAGUCAAAAAAAAAAAAAAAAGUGCUACACACUUAAAAUGUCAGUAAUGGUGUUCAGUUCGAACUGGAAUCAGACAAUGAUGCCUACAGAGCCAGAGAAUAUAUGCUGCAUGGAGACAGAACAGGUAUAGUUUAGUUUAUUAGUACAAGUGUGUUAUAGUGGACCCCAUCUGAAUGAUAGCCAAAACUUUACUGAUAAGUUUUAUGAACUUUAUUAUACAGUGCCCUCCACAAAUAUUGGCACCCUUAGUAAAUAUGAGCAAAGGCAGCUGUGAAAAUAAAUCUGCAUUGUUCAUCCUUUUGA